AUGAAUGGUACAGAGGGGCCGUUUUUCUACGUGCCCAUGUCCAAUGCCACGGGCAUCGUCAGGAGCCCCUACGACUACCCGCAGCACUAUUUGGUAGCACCAUGGGCUUACUCGUGUCUGGCUGCCUACAUGUUCUUCCUCAUCAUAGUUGGCUUCCCCAUCAACUUCCUCACCCUCUACGUUACCAUCGAGCACAAAAAGCUGCGCACACCCCUUAACUACAUUCUGCUGAACCUGGCCGUGGCCGACCUCUUCAUGGUCAUCGGUGGCUUCACUACCACCAUGUACACUUCCUUGCACGGUUACUUCGUCUUCGGCCGCACUGGAUGCAACAUUGAGGGCUUCUUCGCUACACUGGGCGGUGAGAUCGCCCUCUGGUCCCUGGUAGUCCUGGCCAUCGAGAGGUGGGUUGUAGUCUGCAAACCCAUGAGCAACUUCCGUUUCGGCGAGAACCACGCCAUCAUGGGCGUCGCCUUCACCUGGAUCAUGGCCAGCUCCUGUGCCGUGCCACCACUUGUCGGCUGGUCCCGUUACAUCCCCGAGGGCAUGCAGUGCUCAUGUGGAGUCGACUACUACACCCGUGCUGAGGGCUUCAACAAUGAAUCUUUUGUCAUCUAUAUGUUCAUCGUCCACUUCUCGAUCCCUCUCACCGUCAUCACUUUCUGCUACGGCCGCCUGGUCUGCGCUGUCAAAGAGGCCGCUGCCCAGCAACAGGAGUCCGAGACUACCCAGAGGGCCGAGCGCGAGGUCACCCGCAUGGUCAUUGUCAUGUUCAUCGCCUUCUUGAUAUGUUGGUUGCCCUAUGCCGGCGUGGCCUGGUACAUCUUCACUCAUCAGGGAAGUGAGUUUGGCCCAGUCUUCAUGACACUACCAGCCUUCUUUGCCAAGAGCUCCUCCAUCUACAAUCCAGUCAUCUACAUCUGCUUGAACAAGCAGUUCCGUCACUGCAUGAUCACCACCAUGUUCUGCGGGAAGAACCCCUUCGAGGGAGAGGAGGAGGGCGCCUCCACUACCGCCUCCAAGACCGAGGCCUCCUCUGUCUCCUCCGUGUCCCCAGCAUAA